AUGGUAUCUUAUAACAUUAGAGGGCUUGGGAGCAAGAUCAAAAAGAGAGAGGUUAGGGAGUUAAUACAGAAACAGAAGAUUGAUUUCUGCUUUUUACAGGAAACAAAAAUGGAGAAUAUUAAUGAGUUCGAUCUGAAAAGCAUUUGGGGGACUGAUUCUGUUGGAUUUGCGAGGCGUCAAGCAGAUGGAAGAUCAGGGGGAAUUCUCUCAAUGUGGAACCCUGCUAUCUUCUCUAGCUCCAGUCAAUGGGAUAUUUCGGGAGCAUUAAUCGUGAACGGUAGGUGGGCUGCAGGUAACAUUAAUGGGUGUUUCAUUAACGUCUAUGCUCCUCAAAAUUUAAUUGACAAAGAAGCUCUAUGGGAUUACCUCGGGGGGGUGGUAUGUCAAAAUAGAGUUUCUCCUAUCUGUAUAGCAGGGGAUUUCAACUCUAUUAGAUUUGGAAAUGAAAGAGUUGGAAGGGGUUCACAAUUCUCGACUAGGGAUAUGCAGGCUUUUGAUAACUUCAUUAGGGCAAAUGAUUUGGUGGAAAUCAGGUUACAAGGAAGGACGUUUACGUGGUACCAACCCAAUGGGCAAUGCAAGUCGAAGCUGGACCGAUUCUUGGUUAAUGAUAAAUGGUUGGAGGUUUGA